CUCCAGCUCGUCGGAUACAAAAGGCGCCUUCACGGAACGAGCUGCUCCCACCAGUCGGAGCUCCAAUGUCUCCCACCUCCCCCCACUCCUCCUCCUCGUCCAUGGACGACCAGCCGCCCCCUCUCGCCCCCGGCGAAUUCCGCCUCUUCGUCUUCCUCUAGCGGCCGCCGGCCUCAUCGAUCCAAAUCCCCCAAAACACAAGAUAAUUAAGCAGCGGAAAACAAUCGGCCGGCAUCAAUCCACUAUAUAUAUCUCGAGGGUGAUCAAGAACCAGGAAGACAGCGGGUAUGUCCGUUGCGGCGACGGCGGCUGUCGUGCAAGAUGUGUCGCAGUCGCAGAGCAUCGAGGCCGCGGCGGCGGAGGUGGAGUGGGCGGUGUGCGCGUGCUGCGGGCUGAGGGAGGAGUGCACGGCGGCGUACGCGGCCGGCGUGCGCGCGCGGUACGCGGGCCGGUGGCUCUGCGGACUCUGCGGCGAGGCCGUGGGCGAGGAGCUAGCCGCCGGCGUCGGGGAAGGAGGAGUGCCGCCCCCGGCGGCCGAGGUCGAGGCGGCGAUAGCGAAGCACGCCGCCUUCUGCCGGGCGGUCUUCUGCCGGUCUCCGGCGGCGGCCGAGCGGCUCAUCGCCGCGGUGCGUCGGCUCCUCCGCAGCGACAGUGGGAGGAAGGAGAAGACCGUGGUGGAAGUGGUGCACUUGGAAUUCCAGGAGGCCUGAGACGGAUCGAAGAUCUGUUCCUGCAGGAGCUAGUUGCUAGCUAGCUAGGGUCUUUUUCUCUUCAUCCACAGACUACAAUUCAGUAUGCUUUCGUAGUUUAUGCCUGGUUUCUGAACUUCUACAUGCUUAAUUUGGAUAUGGAUCCUGCGAUUUCUCCAGCUUUGUAAAAUUUGAUGACAUGGAAAACAGCAUUCGAGACGAAGCAAGGAAAUUAUUCUUGCUAAUUUGUAAAGCGACAUCAGAUGGAAGGAUUCCAUUUUGAGAAGUAAUAUUGAUCCAUUUUCCUGCUUUUA